GGACGAAAUUGACCUUCAAGCGUCUAAUUCACCCAAUGACCUUGAGCAUAAGAAAUAAUUUCAGCCUUCAAUCUUCGUUCACUUGUUAUCGCUACUGUGUGGAUUUAUUUGUCAAUAAUUAAAUACAACUUGAAAGUUCAAAAAUACAUCAAGUGUCUGAAAAAUCACACAUCAUGCAUAAAAUUGUUACUGAUUAUGGUUGUAUGAAAAGUCAACGUAAAAUUGAUCAGUAUAUUAGUGAACAUUCAUUACGUCUAUCUGAAGCGCAAAAAUGGCUAUUGCAGAAAACGAAAAGUCACCCUUUUGCAUCUCGUUUAUCGUCCAGUAUAGAAAUGCAAUUGUUGGCGAAUUUAUGUUAUGCAAUUAGUGCUAAGAAAACCCUGGAUAUCGGAGUUUACACUGGAUACAGUGCACUAACCAUUGCAGAAGUACUACCUUCCGAUGGACAUGUAGUCGCCUUGGAUAUAACAGACGAUUGUCUACAAGAUUAUUGUAUACCAGCAUGGAAACAAGCUGGUGUAGAGAAGAAAAUUGAUUUCCGCUUAGGUCCAGCUGUUGACACAUUGAAAAAACUCAUCGCUAAUGGAGAAAGUGAAACAUUCGAUUUCGCCUUCAUUGAUGCUGACAAAGAAAAUUACAGUAAUUAUUACAAGUUGUGCUUACAGCUGAUUCGACCACGUGGGAUUAUCGCUAUUGACAAUGUCAUUUGGUCAGAACGUGUGAUUGAUGAAAGUGAUCAAACACCUGAGACUGUUGCUAUCAGACAGUUGAAUGAUUUGAUAGCUGCCGAUAAUCGUGUACGAAUAUCAUUCCUUAAUCUCUCAGACGGAUUGACAAUUGUCGUCAAAAAUUGACGAAUAUUUUUUUGGUAUCAUGAAUUCUUAUAUACUGAAUAAACUUUGACAAUAAAGCCACAUGAAUCAAUAAUACAAAAAAUGUGAAAUCAUGCUUCUUUUUGUCUGCUUUUAAUUUGACAACUGGCAAAAACGUUCGUGCUCAGAAGUUACAGAUUUCAUUCACUGUAAAAGGGUUUUCAAUUUGGUAUCUGUUGUUACGUUUACCACAUUUAUGCCGAAAUUACGUGUGACUUCC